UAUUGAUGAAAAAUGGCCUUCACUCCACGAUAGGUUGUGAGACUUAGAGAGAGAAACUCCUUUUUUCUCGCUGAGUCCCAAUUUCGAACAAGAACAACGAUGGACCUGUCCAGAUCCCGCCGGCGGGUCCACAUCGACGACCGAUCUCCGGCUCCGAUACAUGACGCCGGCGGAGCUGUUGAACGACGGGACAUCGCCGGAACCGCCGACGUUGUGCAAGGAUUGAAAUUCCGACCCUCUGAUGGGAAUGUGACCGAAGAUCAGGAGCCGUUCAUGGGCGUCAAGGUCCGUCGAAAAGCGUCGCUUCAUCGAGAUUACAAGGGGGACUACAUCGAUGUGCCCUCGCUGCCGUUCUUGAUGAAAAUCUUGCAGAAACAAGGUGACCAGAAUGUGCUUUUUGCAGAUAGAGUUUUGAAGUUCACUGCUUCUGGGAAGAUGAAAAGGCGUAUUCUUUUAAUGACGGACUUUGCCAUCUAUAUCAUUGACCCAGAAACUGAUACCCUUAAAAGGAGGAUUGCCCUGGCUGCUGUAGAUAAGAUAUGUUUAAGCGAACUAAGUGAUAACUUCUUUUCUAUUAUAAUUCCAACUGAGUACGAUGUACUGAUGGCAAGUACUCGAAAAACAGAGAUUGUAACAGUUUUGGUUGAAGCCUUUAAGACUGCUUCUGAUUAUGAACUUGAGGUUGUAUUUUCCAACAGGUUCGAAUACAGUGCGGGUGGUGAGCUGAUAAAGGAAGUUCAAUUUGAGGAAGUCGAAGGUGGUGUGAAAACAAGGAUUUUGAGGAAGCAGGAGUGAUCAUCCUCUUAAGUUUGUUAGCCACAGUAUACCACUUGGGCUUUUUUUACAUCUGAUCACAUGGGAAAGUUGUAAUUCUAUAUCUGAAUGAAAUGUUUUAUUAGUGAUUUUCAAGUAUUGAUUAUUGUAAUUUGUUCAUUGUACAAAACUAGACUCAAGAUAAUUGGAAUUUGAUUAUGUAGCGAUAUUUCUAUU